AUGGUUAAUAUACAUUUAUAUCUUCACACCACGAACAUUCCUAGAACUAAUAAUGUUUCUCCAAAAAAUGUCGCCAUUAAUAUAUCACCUGUAGGACCAAUUCCAGAUGUAAUAACUCUUGAUUAUAUAAAAGAAAAUCUUGAACAAAUUCAACUAAUGAAAGAUUUAAUAAUCAAAGAAAAAUUAAAAAAACUCAAAUUAUUAAAAAAAAAUGAAGAAUUAAGAAUUGCAAAAUUGAAAGAUAAUAUAUUUAAAAUAUACCAAUUUAUUUUAUAUUUAAUACCUAAUACAAUAUACUACACUAUUGAAUUUAUAAAUAAUAUUCCAGAAAUAGAGUUGUCACCUCCAAAAAUUUUUAAAAUGAAAAAAAGGAAAAGUAAAUCAUUUUUAGAACUAUGGAGUUCUUUAUAUGAAAUAUUGGAAGAAAGAGUUCAUAAGUAUCAAAUUGGAGGAUAUGUAUUUGGAUUUGGUUUAUUAGCAGGAAUAGGAAAAUCUAUACAUUCAAUCGUUGCUACACCAGCUGUUUGUAUUAAAUAUGCUGCUGCUUUUUCAAAAUUCUCGGCGGCUGUUUGUAAAUCUAGUACUACAUUACAGGUUUCUUCUGGUGCUAUUGCUACUAGUGCAAACUCUAUGAAAUUUUAUGAAAAAUUAAAACUUUUAGAGGCAGCAUGUACAGCAGCAUCAGCUUCUCCUGAUCCUGCUACAAAAGUAGUAGCUGCAAUAAUAAUUGUUAUACUUGUUAUAAUACUUUUAGUAUUUUUAUAUUAUGUAAUAAAAAAAUCAGGUAUUUUAGAAAAUGAACAUGUUCAAAAAGUAAUUGUUCCUAUUCAAAAAUUUUUUGAUAAAUAUAUAACUAAAAUGAAAUAUUACUUUAAAGAUGUGAUAUAUUAUAUAAGCCAUUAA